CAACCGUUGUCCUCGCGCCGUGUCAGUUAAGCUAACUGACAGCAGAGAUCUGCUCUGAACGGCUCCUUAAAUCUGAGCUGGACCCACCACAGUCUGAAUUAAUCUGCUUUAAAUCGUUUUAAUCUCAUCACUCAGCUGAUGUUGUUUGUUUGUUUUUGUACACAGAGGGUUAGGUAAUCUGGGCUCCACGUUCGUGUCAUCCCGUCACAUCGACCCACCGGACAGAUGAGAGGACGACGAAGACACUCUUCAUCACCAGAUCAUACAGGACACGCUUUCUAUCCUCCUCUGGACUCGAGUGGGAGCGUCCAGUUUUCACCGCCAGAGUUUCCCAGGAGCAGACCAGGAUGGCUCUGAGGAAUCAAGUAAUGAAGGACGGCAGUGACGUCCCCUCCGGAAGCCGACAGACUGAUGAAAACUCACAGGAGGACGAAGCUCUCGACGACAGUGACGAGCCCUCAUCAUCAAUUCUGCCACCUUCAUUAUUGAGAGAAAAACGCAAGAGAGAGAGGGAAAACAAAUCCAAACCCAAAGAGAUGACCGAGGAGGAGAUGAUGGACUUGGCCUUGCGUCUGAGUGAACAGGAAGCCAGUAUCACUGCGCUCAGGCUGCAGAAAGAGGAGGAGGCCAUGAUGAAGGCCAUCCAAGACAGUAUGGUCAGCCAGAUACAACCAUGUCCGUCCUCCCAAAGUCAGAGUCUACUGUCUGGUGCCGAAGCAUCGCUCAGGUUCUGCUCUCGGCGGAAACUCUCGUACUCAAACAGGAAUCCAUCGUCUGCUGUCGAUCAGAGAGCAUCAGAGGACACAAUAGAAACAGACCUGAACCGAGGAGCACAAAGAAGUGCAGAUGAAAGUAAUAACUGGAAUAAAAAGCGGAAAAGGAAAGAAGGAAGUCCUCUGAUGGAGAUGCCAGACUUGUCCCAGAGUCAGAAAAUCUAUUCUCAGGCUUCACCCUGCGGAUCAGAGACGGUGGACCUCGUCCUAGACUCACCGCAGAGCUCUGACUCGACCCAGAUCGAUGACUGUCAGCUCCGUAAAUCCCCCGUCUUCCCUUUGACUGGCCACAGAGCCGAGGUUCACGUCCCCCGGCUGAGCCAGGACCUGCUGCAAACCUGCAGAACCUCAGGGUUUGUGUUGUGCUCUCAGGACAGCGGGACCUCGCCUCUUAAGCCUUCGCUCGCUCGACCCAGGAGUCCAACUUUUCCCAAAUGCCCCAGUCACCUCACUUCAUCCAACACAUUUCCUAAAAGUUCUGUCUUUUCAGAGACUGAUCAGGGCGACAAUGAAGAGACAGAGCUGAGUCCUGAGUAUUUUAAAAGUCCAGUAUUUGGCAGGAAUACUCAGCAUGAGAAGCCUCCAAGUUCCUGCAAACCCCACGCCAGUGUCUGUAACUCAGGGUUCACACUCUCCUCUCAGGAGAGUUUAACCUCCUCUGUGAGGUCCUCGUCCUGUCGGCCUAAGAGCCCAGUAUUCCCAGGAAAUACAGACCUUUCCAAGAACCCCCCUCCCUCAGAAAGACCAGCAACCAGCAAGAGUCCUGUAUUCUCAGAGACUGAACAAGGACAGACUGAGCAGAGUCAUGGACGCUGUACGAGUCCGGUGUUCAACAGGACUGGAGAACGACAAAAGAUUCACCUUAAUCACUCUGAGAGUCCUUCAGCUGCAGAGUUCAGAGGUUCAGCCAGUGAAGAGAGUUCAGCCGAGACCAGGGGUCCUUUUAAGAGACCGAGGGAGGACAGCGAGACUGAACACGAUCAAAAUGUCAAGCUUAACGAGUCAUCUCAGCCAGCUGAUGCAGAGGAGGAGCCGAUGGAAACAUUGAAAGACUGCGACUCAGCCGAGAUGGAGCUGACCAGCGAUAUGAAGCUACGGUGGUCUGAUGAGGACGACGACGUCACGCCAGUGGGCUCACCCAGUCCAGUCUUCCCAGAGGAGAGACCUGUUCACCAGGCUGAUAGCCGAGCCGCCUCCCUGAACCACGUGACUGAGCCUUCUCCAGGGACGACUGGGUCGAACUGCAGACCUUCCUGCUCUUCCACAUCCACCAGCCAACAGCAGCUUCCCACUGCAGAGCAAGAACUACGGCCAGUUAGCAGUCAGGGAGCAGACAGCAGGGUGUCUGCCCUGCCUGGGGAGCCUGCAGGCAGGCAGACGGUGCACUACUACUGGGGGGUUCCCUUCUGUCCACGAGGCUUGGACCCAGACAGAUACACACAGGUGAUCCUGGCUCAGAUGGAGGUGUACGAGAAGAGUCUGAAGCAGGCUCAGAGGUGUCUGCUGAAGAAGGCUGAGUGGGGGGAGCCCAUCCUGCCACAGCUGGAGAAGUCCCCGUCACCUGAGUCACCUGCUGAAUCACCUCAAGAGAUUUUUGUUCGAAGGCACGGCAUCAGACUGAGAGGUAAAAAACUGUGUGACUCAGCUGAUUCUCCUCCAGCUGAUACGGAGGAGGAAGAAGACAACAAGGGCGAGGAGGAGCGAAGGAGCAAAGAAAAAGAGGCGAAGAACGAGGGGGAAGAAGAAGAAGAAGAAGAAGGACAGGUGGACACUGAUGACUGUGAAGUUUGUCCAGAAACACAACUGAGUGACAACGACAGUGUCAGGACGCAAGAUCUGACAGUGGACAACACUGACGCUGAAGUUCAGCUUCAACCUAAAAGCCCGGAGCUGCCUGAGGUCGAGGUGGUUCUCCCAGAUAGGGAAAAGGAGGAGGACGAGGAGGAGGAGGUGGAGGUGGAAGUGGAUGCUCCAGUGGAGAGAAAGACGAAGGCUAACGUCCCCGUUGGAAGCAGUGAUUUCGAACGACAAAGUGCGAGAGAAGAGGAGGUAGAAGAGGACAGGGAUGAUCCAGAUGUGGAGGAGAUAAAAGAUCGAGGGCUUCAAAGGUUGAAUUCUCCUGAACUGGAACCAGCCGUCGUCCCUCAGAGCCCUGAACCCAGCAUGGACUGUCCCAUCUGUCAGGGAUCCUUCCCCGUGACGGAGAUCGAGAUGCAUGCUGCAUACUGCAAUGGAGAGGUGACCGUCGUGGACGAGCGGAGGCCUGACAGCUUCAGAAUGUCGUUGAAGCCACACAGGAAGAGAACAAGGAGAGCAGCAGCGGCUGCUGAGGAGACAAACAAACCCUCUAACAUUACCAAUACCCAGGAGAAAUGUUUCAUCUGUCAGAAGGAAGUUCCUCUGAGCGAUUACAGCAGACACACUGAGCUCUGCAUCCAACGGCAGUCGAUGAAGACUGCAGGGAAGGGAAAUCUGCUGUCAGCUCUGGAGAAAACAGAGAGCAGAGAUUCAGAGGCCGGGCCGUCUGGAUCCAGACUGCAGCCGGGAGAUGUCAUUGAUCUGCGGGAUGACGAUGAUGACGAAGAGGAGGAAGGCGGCGUUUCAGCGAUCAGGAUCAGUAACUCUCCCAUCAGGUCCUUUACGCUGAUCUCAGAGGCCACCGACUGCCUUAUCGACUUCAAGAAACAGCAGCAACCCAAGAAGCCAAGACAAAGACGGAGAUGAGGACUGGAAACCACGCAGAGCCUUAACAAAGACAAACAGUCAUCAGAAAAGACUUCCUGAUGUCAGAGUUUUUAUAUUUAUGCAGGUAAACAAAUACAACGAGCACUUGAAUGUUCAGAAGAACCUGACUGACUCCUUUUGUGCCACUAAAUGACGUUUGUUUAUGUUGAAGGUGUUUCAGACUACCUCUACACGUAUUGAAAUGUUCCCUUUUUGUUACUGUAGCUUUGUUUAACAUCUAACAGAACAUUUGUUGAGUGUCCAUCACGUCUUUUUGCCUUUAGCUCGAAAUAUGACAAGUUACUGUUGCUAACUGUGAAACAGUCCACCGCUUUGGUCUGAAAUAGCUCAACAACUAUCGAAUGGAUUUCCCUGAAAUCUUAUACAGGCGUUCAUGUUGUCCACAAGAUGAACCCUACUGACUUUGGUGAUCCUCUGACUUUUCCUCUAGCGCCACCAUGAGGCUAAAAUACUUUGACAGGAGCCACCUCGUCUGUAUUUUGAGAUUAUGCUAACACAACAUGCUGUCCUGCUAACAUGGCGUUUGCUAAUCAGACUAAAUACUGUAAUAAAUUGUUCAGAUGUUAAUUUUACCAUGCUAAUGUUAGCCUGUACUAAACUGUUAACGUGACACUAAAAUGCUACAAACAUAGAAAUUGACCACACUAGCUGUAAACGUGACGUACGCUCAUUCUGAUGUUCUUGAUGGACGCACAAUGAGCCUAUCACAGCUGUGAAGACAAACAUGGCAGCCAUCGUGGAUGUAGCUAAUGAUUAUUUAGCAUUUACCCAAAGUGAAGUCUCCAAAUGAAUUUUAAACCAACUAAAAGUUCAAAGAUAUUUAUAUAAUGUUCAUAAAUGACAAAGAACAACAGGAAAUUCUCACAUUCGAGAAGCAGGAACAUCAGACAGCGUCGCAUGAAGCAAAUCCUUAAUGACAUCAUCAUGCCAGCUAAAUAUUGUUACACACAGAAUCUCAGAUGGCAACAUUCAAUGUCAGGUAUUAACACACCUAAACAUGUUAGCCUCUGAACACAAGCGUGGCACAAGUGAAAGUCUAAAAUGUCCUGAAAUGGCCACCGUACUGAUUCAGGUUACAACGUUUUCUUUUCCCAGGACAACUUUGUGUUUUCCUCCACUUUCUGUCUGUCCAACAGUUUGUUUAGUUUGUGGUCUCUGAUGAGCGUCUUAGAAAUGUUAUUAAAACACAAAAGGUUUGAGAGAGGAGCUAAAACUAAAAAUUAAACUGCUCAUCUAGUUUGAUUUGUCUGUUUUCAGCCUUGAACACAUGCAGCCGACAUUCUCAUAAAAAACAGGAAUCGAAACAUUCUCCUUUCACGUCCUUAUCGCCUUUUCUCGCUGCAGCUCAAUCAUUUGAGUCUAAGAGUUGAUGCAUCUAAAGCCUGAACAUUAAAGAUCCUAAACUGCCUGUCACAGCGGCAUCAUGACACAAAGUUUCUGCUUCUGUGUCAGCGAAAUUUGCACUUAAGAAGAAAGUUACUGUUCUGUUGUUUUGAUUCUCCUCACUGUGGACCAUCUUUAUCACUGAAAUAUUUCCUGUCAAGUCGACGUGGAAACUUUCUCUUUGUCUGUUCUUCAGCUGUAUGCUCAGAGUAUCGGACUUGAAUGCUGUAUCAGCAGUUUAGAGGUGAACUUAUGUCACAAAACAAAACAAAAGUAAACUCACUGUUAAGCACA